UGCUGAAAUCGCAUGGAUUACCGAUAGGGUUGCUGCCGAAGGGGAUAAAAAAUUUCCAGGUGGACGAGGAGGGGCGGUUCGAGGUCCGGCUGGAGGCGGCGUGCACGGCCAAGUUCGAGAGCCAGAGCGAGGUCCGGUUCAACUCCACCGUCGCCGGCACGCUGUCCUACGGCCAGAUCGCCCCCCUCUCCGGCGUCGCCGCGCAGGAACUCUUCCUCUGGUUCCCCGUCCGCGGCAUCCGCGUCGACAUCCCCAGCUCCGGACUCAUCUACUUCGACGUCGGCGUCAUCUACAAGCGCUUCUCCCUCUCCCUCUUCGAGACCCCGCCCGAUUGCAUCCCUCUUUCCACCGCCUCCUUCGCUGAACCCCUCGCCGAGGGCUCCCGCAUCGCGCGUCUCGUCUCCAAGAGUCAAUUGGGGGAGCUGCGUUAUAACCUCGAUCGAGAGGGUGCUCGAGGGGUUGUUCUGUGAAUCAAACAUCAUCGCCGGAGAGAAUUAUGUCUUCGUUUGAGACAAGCUCGGCUUGGCUUCUACAAUGUGUGUGAUUGCAGUGUAGAAAUUCCCUUGGAUUUGCUCUAUCCUAGAAAAGAGGAGAAAUUUUGACUGGGUGAAGGAUUGAGUCUGUCACCACUGUGAGAAAAAUUGUGAUAAAAGAUUCGAGAGGAUGUAGUGGAAGGAGUUGAGGGAGUUCAAUUCCUUCCAAAAAAAAAAAAAAAAAUGGUGAUGAAUGUUAUAUAUAGGUUUCAAGUUUUGAUUCUUGUAACCUAUCAUGAUCCUAGUAAAAAGGCUACAUAUAUAUGGUAGGGGAGUUGGGAUGGACCUUGCUCUUCUCUACUAUGUUGUCUUUGUUGUGUUGUGAGUAAUGCUUUGAGUCUCUGUGUAUAUGCCGGAAUCAUCUGUCUUUAUAUAUUUUCUAAACACUUGUUAGAUUGGAUGCUAAUAUGUAACUCUUGUUUGCAUAAUGAAUGGCUAUCUUUUGGAGUCGCUUA